AUGCGCGUAUCAACCGACCGACUCCAUCAUCAGCAUCCGACGCUGACAGCGGUCGAAGACAGCAUCCCUAAUAUUACCGACCCGCGGUAACAUCGCAGGAUAAUUCAGAGCCCGGCCGACCAGGACUGACGUUGCUGUCUUGUGACAAUAUUGUUUACUGAAGCUGCCAUCUUACAAACCGCCGAGCUGCAAAAUAGUGAGUAGCCUUUGAUGAUGGAUCGCCAGGAUGCUACAAUCGUGUGUGUGCCCCCACUACCUGCAUUAGGUUGUGAUGACCCACACUACUUCCAAAUGUAUCUGUGACCCUCCCCAAUCCUGACUCCUAACCUCUAAUCCCUGACCUUUGACCCCCACUAUGGGCAGUGUUGGCAGUGGGGUGGCAGGAGAGCAGGAGUUUGCCAUGAAGUCUGUGGGCACGAGGACCACCCUGCCCCGUGCCCCUCCUCUCUCUCGCCGUUGCCCUGCCGACCGCAGCUGCAGCGCUGAACGGCUCCCCCGCCCCCCGGCGACUAUAUCAGACGGGACGGCUUCUAGCGAUGAACGAGGGAGUGUUAGUAUCGGGACUGGGACCUGUACUGGGACUGACCGGCCCACCGAAACAGCCUCCUCUACCAACACUGAAUGUACCAUGGCGGCCCCGUCCAACAACAACCAGUUGGAAUGUGGCAAUGGAGCGGGCAGGAGGGAGAGGGAGUGGGAGAGGGAGAGGCAGCGUGAAAGGGGGAGAGACAGGGACCGGGACCGAGACUGGGACCGAGAGAGGUUAGAGAGGGAACGAGAGAGGGAGAGGAACCGGGAGAGGGAGAGGGAACGAGUGGAGAGGGAGAGGCUGGAGCGAGAGAGGGAGCGGGAGAGGGAGAGAGCCAGGGAGAGGGAAAGAGAGAGAAUCGAGAGGGAGAAGAUAGAACGAGAGAGGGAGCGAGAGAGGGAAAGGGAGAGAGAGAGGGAACGGGAGAGGCUGGAGAACGAGAGGUUGGAGAGAGAGAGAGAGAGGGAGAUGCAGGCUGCAGGUCUUGAUGUUUGCGGGAACAUUGUGGGCCGUGGAGGAAAUGAGAAGAACAGCGUUGGCAUGAACCAACACCAGCACAGAGAGAUGGCAGCCGCCAGAGCCGACAGUGAAAACAAUCCAGCCAGCCAUAACCCUCCAAACCACAACCCGCCCAAGAUCCUGCCAGUGUCGGGAAAACUGGAGCAGGCGAUGCAGAACAACUCAGGCCUUGUUCGUCCCUCUGCCUUCAAGCCGGUGGUUCCCAAGAGCUUCCACUCCAUGCAGAACCUGGUGGGCCAGGCAGGAGGGGCUGGGAGCGAGGGCAAGCCUGAGGCGAGGAGUGAAGGGUUCAGUGAGAGCAGAGGAGGCAGGAGAGGCAGGGACGGAGGAGGAGGAGAAUCAGGAGAGGUCCCAGAGGCCCUGCUCCUGGACCAGGACAGCCCAGUGAGGGUGAGCAGAAGUGAGGGCGGGGGAAAUGGUAAUGAAGUGGUUCAGGGAGGGAUGUCCGAUUCAGGGAGAAACUCCCUGACCAGCCUGCCCACCUACACAGGCUCAGGGUCUGGUUGUGGGCCCCCGGCAGUCCUGGGGCCUCUCAGUGCUUCCACCAGCCACAUCAACAGGUUGGGCAUGGCUGGGGCAGCUGCAGGCCUGGACAAGCUGGAAAAGCCUGGCUACCAGAACGGGCUCAGCGCCUCAGACAGUGGCCGGUCCUCCUCGGGAAAGAGCUCCUCGUCCUAUCAGAGGCUGAGCCACCUGAGCGAUGCCCCCGCACCUCUACGCCCCUCCCCCUCCUCUGAUGACAUCAUCCAGGACCUCGAGGACCGCUUGUGGGAGAAAGAGCAAGAGGUGCAGCAUAUGCGCAGAAACCUGGACCAAAGUGAGGCAGCAAUCAUUCAGGUGUUUGAGGAGAAGCAACGUGUGUGGGAGCGACAGAUGGACGAGCUCAGACAGAACUAUGCUUCACGCCUGCAGCAGGUUACGCGUCGUGCUCAGCGCUCCCAGACUGCCCUGCAGGCCCAGAUCGGCCGUCUGUCCCAGGACAAGAGGAGGCUCCAGGAGGAGAUGGCUGCUCUGUUGGCCCAGAGAGAGGAGCUGGAGAGGAAAUGUCUGGAUUACAGGAAGGAGCAGGCUGACAUCUUGCCUCGUCUGGAGGAGACUAAGUGGGAGGUGUGUCAGAAGGCAGGAGAGAUCUCACUGCUGAAGCAGCAGCUGAGGGAGAGUCAGGCUGAAGUGACCCAGCGAGCGGGAGAGAUGGUGGCCCUGAGAGGCCAGCUGAAAGAGCUCAAUGCCCAGCUGAGGGAGCGGGAGGAGGCCAUGCUGGGCCUGAAGGACUCCUAUAGCACCAAGAGUCUGGAGCUGGAGAAGUGUGAGGGAGAGCUGAGGAGGACUCUGUCAGAGGUGUCCAUCCUUAGAGAGAAGCUGGGUGUAUUUGAGGCAGAGGUGCUUAGUUUAAAGCGUGCUCUGAAUGAAGUGAGCAGAGGAGCAGAAGUUGUUGUGAGCCCUAACCUAGCUGCUGCAGGACUUUUGCCGCCAUGGGGAGCUGUCCACUGCCCACGUAACCCCACUGAGCCCUCAACCAACUCCCUCACCCCCACCUCUGACACCCUGCUGAGUCUGCAGAGUGAUGAGGCUAAAGCCCAAAGGCAGGAAGCCCAGAGACAGGAGAGGCAGCAACGUGAAGAAGCUCAAUGGCGCGACGUGCAGCAGCGACAAGACGCCCACAUGCAGCAGGACAUCCAAAUGCGUCAGGAUGCCCAAAAUCGGCCUGAGGCCCAACUCCGUCAGGAGGCCCAGCUUCGUCAGGAGGCUCACCUCCGGCAUGAAGUUCAAAUCCGUCAAGAGGCCCAACUGCGGCAAGAAGCGCAGCUGCGUCAAGAGGUGCAGCUCCGUCAGGAGGCCCAGCUACGCCAGGAGGCCCAGAUCCGUCAGGAGGCCCAGCUUCGCCAUGAGGCUCAAAUGCGUCAAGAGGCCCAGCUACGUCAUGAGGCACAACUCUGCCAGGAGGUACAACUGCGUCAGGAUGCCCACCAGGCACAGCGGGAGGGUCACUGGGAUGAAGCAGGGGAGCUGCGCAGGCAGCUAGAGCAGCUGCAGGCUGCAUUACGGCUGGAGCGGCAGCAACGGGAACGUCAGGCCCUCAACUUUGACCAGGAACGACACACCUGGCAGGACGAGAAGGAACGGGUUUUGAAAUACCAGGCACAGCUGCAGCUCAGCUAUGUGGAAACACUGCAGAAGAACCAAGCUUUGGAAAAACGUAUGAGCCAGUUGGGAGCCAAACCAACCACAACCUCCACCACCACCACUAUUACAACUACCACCACCACCUCCCCCACCUCCUCCAGUUCUCCACCUCCACCACCAGCCCUCUCACCUCUGUCUCCUCAGCCCCCACCCUCUAUUUCUGCCCCCAUUGCCCUCACCCUGUCCCCUCCUUGUGAAGACCAGAAGGGCCCUCCUUCUCUCCACCAGCUUGCCCCUCCCUGGGCAGGACCCUCACGGCUUGAGAGGAUAGAGUCCACUGAGAUAUAGAGACAGCUCCAUGAAACGGUCACAAAAUACUAAGUUUAAUACACACACAGUGAUAAGGCCUCUCACACAAAACCACUUGAGCAUACAGUAGAAAAUCAUUUCAGUCUACAAUAGAAUAAAUCAGUACAGUCUGACAUACUUUUCAGAGCAACUAUAGACACUAAACAGCAACAAAGGCCAACUGUAAAAUCCAACAUUAUCAGUAACGAGCAGAUCAACUUAACAGGAAAGUGAAUCACAGUCAAGCUCUCAGUCAUUUUUCAACUUUUUAAGCAGCCUUUCUCUCUCUAGUUGCACACAACUACAUCAUGCAUAAUCAGUGUUCAUGAAAAGUGUGCCAUACUGAUGGAUGGCAGAAACACAUCUUGUUAAAUGACAAUUUUUAGAUUACAGCACUACUACAGGGGUCAUUUAAUGCCCAUGCUAGAAAAGGACCAAGACAAUCAGGGAUAUUGUCAGAAAUGAUCAACAAGAAUAUUAUGCGGUAUUUAUUCAUUGUAAGUCUGUGUCACUGGUAAUGUAAAAGUAGAAUUAGUGGUCAGAGUGUGUGAUGUUAACUUGCAUUUUUGGCCAGAGAGCGCCUUACUCCAUUCUUUCCAGCAUGUAUAAGAGAAUAAAUAAUGCUUGGAAUAGAUGAUAAAAAAAUAUCAAGAGUAUGAUUAUUAUUUUCAGUGCUUUAAUUAUAAUAUCAGCAAACCAGUUACACAACAUCAUUACACAUGGUGGGACUAUUUCAUUUAGAUCCCAGCGGAUGUUGACAUUAAAGGUCACACAGACUGAUUCUUGGUUCAUUUUUUAAGUCGUAUCAUGCACAGGGUCCAAUAUACAUGACCCAUUUAAACACAUCAUUAAGACCAACAGAGUUUAUAUUUUCUACAAAUUGAAUUAAAUAGAUAUGUUUAGCAGAUAAUCAACCCAAGCUGGAUAUAGAAUAAGUUUAAAGAUGUGGGAGCUCCUGGUGCGCCUUCACUGCAGAUUGUGUCUGCUGUGACUAAAAACGAACGCUAGAGGUCAUUACAGAGCUUUCACAGCGUUACCCAACUCAAAUUUCUUCUCAUUGAGCUGCAAAGAGAAUGUGAAUGGAAGCACACAAUUUGAAUUUGGUUAUUAUGAUAAUUGUGUCAUUCACUCUGUGCAUUCACAGCCAAGAAAUGUGAGAAAGCAGUUGGUAUCCCCAAAGUUAAAAAAAAAAAAAAAAAAAACAUUUUAUAGAAUGUAUGAUAUACUAGAAAGAAAUACUUAUAAUAGUUAUAGAUUGUAAAUGUGUGUAUGAGAGAGUGUAUGUGCGCAAGCAGGUGUGUGCAUGUGUGUAAACAUAUGAAAAGCUUCAGCUUAUGAGAUUGAGGAGAGAGGGACUAGUGGCAAUACAGCAAGUGAAGAUAUAUUAAGAGCAAAGGGAUUUUCUUCAAGUACAGGAAAAUGUACAUCAAAGCUUGACGCAAGAGCAGUGAGGCUGAAAUUUCAAACUGAGGGAGUCUGUAUAUCCUUGAAAAUUCUACUUUCUUCUGUAUAGUUCAUUUAGACAAAGCAGAAGAGAAGGAAGUUUUAAAAAAAAAAAAAAAAUCAUAAAAGUGGGGAGUCUGCAUCUUUAAAGGGAGCAUUCAGGCUAACUGCACUAUGUAGUGUCCUACACACAAGUUAUGAUGUACAGUAGAUUCAGAUGUGAAUAUCAUGGCUUUUAUAUGUGUUGUUUAUGCCAGCAUACAAAGAUGUUGCUCAAGAAUAUUAACUUAUCUCUAAGGUAUUACAUAGUAUUAUCAUCUUUAUUACUGUUAUUAUAUUAUGGUGAACUGACAGAGAAAAUAUGUGCCAUUUGAGCUUUCCUUUAUGUGUUUUUUUUUAACUGUGUAGAUAGCCUAUUGGCCUACCAUAAUGGUGCAAUCAUAGCAACCCUGUCCAAAAAUGAUGUUCCUUUUGAUGUAGGUGAUAAAUGUAGUUACAGUAAUGCAUUGUUGAGAGAACAAAAUGCUACCGAUUUUAUACAUGUUUCAAUUUUAUUGUUUGCAUUUAUGUUACUAGUACUGUUCUGGCUUGAUUAAAACCACCCCUUUGUUAAAAUUCAGCAGAACUAAUAAAGAUAUGUGAAUAAUUCA